UUAUCUUGAGUUUUUCCUUUCAGACACAGGUUAAGAAGUUGUGACCAGACUGCAAAUCCUACACAGAGAAUUUCAGUUUGUAUUAAUCAGGCAACAGUUUUAUAGAGAAAUCCCGCCGUCUUUAUGUGUAUAUGAAUAGUUGAACUCUCACUUUGGCCCAGUAUCUCCUGUUAGAAACGAUUGUGGCUGAUCUCAUUGAUGUGACUCUGAGGCACUGAGGCGGCACCUGCCACUAAGCUGCAGUCACAGACAGUUAACCUCAAAGUCUGGAAGUGUUUGUGGAGCACCCAAGCUUUACAAAUUCUCCCACUGUCUCCCUUUGUUAGAGUGAAGCAACAUAACAGUCACUGCAAAACCAACCGAGCUCACUCUCUGGCCUGAAGGCACCUGGCGUACUAUGACUCUGCAACCAUUAACUCCAGUCAACUGUGCAGGCUUAUUACAACCGGGAUGCUCUCUGCUCCAGCUGGAUGGAGAAGUGCUUCUGUUUGGCCAAAAAGGCUGGCCCAAACGCUCAUGUCCUACGGGAAUAUUCAGCGUACGGUGUAAAAAAGAACAGAUGAAGUUAAGACCAAUUGCGUUCUCAAACGAUUCUUGCUAUCUACCUCCGUUACGCUGCCCAGCUGUCUGCCGCCUUGACCCUUACGACGGUUUACCUGAAAGUUACCUCAUCCACGGCGGUCGUACCCCGAACAAUGAGAUCUCUUCGAGUUUGUACGUGCUGACCAUAGAUAGUCGUGGGUGCAAUCGUAAACUGACGUUGAAAUGCAAGGAAAAGGAACUGGUGGGGGAAGUUCCAAGCGCGAGGUACGGACAUAGUCUUAAUGUAGUUCAAAGUCGGGGAAAAACUGCUUAUGUCGUUUUCGGAGGAAGGUCGUAUAUGUCCGGAGCUGAACGCACCACGGAAAACUGGAACAGCGUUGUCGACUGUCCACCCCAAGUUUUCCUAUUUGAGCUGGAAUUUGGUUGCGUUACUGCUCACACCGUCCCAGAAUUCCACGAUGGCCAGUCCUUCCAUGUGUCCGUUGCGAGAGAAGACUGCGUUUACUUCAUCGGCGGUCACUCCAUAACUUCUGAUUCGAGACCUGCUAGACUUUUUAAACUGCGUGUCGAGCUCUUGCAAGGAAGUCCGCUGAUUACCGGGCAAUCAUUUGACACGGGAAUGUCCAUUUCUAGUGCAAUCAUCACGCGAACAGGCUCAAUGCAUAAGUACAUUAUCAUCGGCGGGUACAAGUUUGAUUCUCAAAAGAGCAUGGAAUGUACUGAAGUGUGUUUAGAUGAGAAAGGAAUCCAUUUUGAGACUUUAGAAGCACCAAAGUGGACCCCUGAUGUUACCCACAGCCGUACUUGGUUCGGUGGUAGCGCUGGGGAGGGUAAAGUUUUACUAGCUGUACCGAUCGAAGGAAGAGUUAACCAAAGCGAGUCUCACUGCCUUUAUAAAGUUAGUUUCGAAUCGCAAGAAGAAGCGGAGGAGGGCGGACAAGACGGGACUCAAGGUUGCAGCCAAGAGUCCACAGAUUUCGAUGAUUCUCCUCCGCUUGAAGAUUCCGAGGAGCUUUAUUUCGGACGAGAACCGCACGAACUGGAAGACAGCAGCGAUGAUGACGACGAUAAGUACAAUGAGGACGACGAAGAGGACGAAUCUCAAACAGGAUACUGGGUCAAAUGCUGUCUGGGUUGUCAGAUUGAUCUCAACACGUGGGAGCCGUACUACUCCACCGAGCUGCAUCGUCCAGCUAUGAUCUUCUGUUCCAGAGGAGAGGAGGGCCACUGGGUUCACGCUCAGUGUAUGGAGCUGUCGGAGAGCUUGCUAUUAAAGUUGUCGGAAGGUAGUAAGAAGUAUUUUUGCCAGGAUCACGGAGGGCUGCCGUACCAGGAAGUGACCCCUCCGCGACCCCAGAACCAGCCGUCCAUCAAAAGGACCCCCAUGAAAGUGAAGCUGAGGAGAACUCCGCUGACCAUAAACAUGUCUCCAGCCACAAAGAGCUUCUGCAAAAGACUCUUCCAUGAUUAAUUUGAUUUAAUUUGAAGUAAAAUUUUUAAUAUCAGAGUGUUUUUAUUAAUACCACAUUUAUUACGCAUUUGAUUGUACAUCGAUACUUCUACAUGUAUGUGUAUGGUGCAAUGUUUAUAAGUUACCAUGGUGACACAAUGAAUGAAUUAGCAAUCACAGCCAAAAAAAGGUUUAAGAUUGUCUGAAUAAAACAUAAAAAGUGGAUUUAAACAACAUUUUCAAAAGCCUGUGAUCAAUAUGAAUAUGAAUAUGGUCCUGUUUUGGUGUUUUUCUUUCAACAAAAAAGAUGAGAGUGACAAACUGAAAAGCUGUUGGCUAAUGCUUAUAAAAAAUAAUAAAUAUAAAAAAAUAAAUAAAAUAAAAUAUGAUAAAAUAUAAUAAAAUAAAUAAAUAAAUAAAUAAAUAAUAAAUAUAAAUUAAAUUAAAUUAAAUUAAACAAAAUUAAACAAAACAACAUUUCAGGAGCCUGUGAACAAUACCAGUGUUCAUGGUCAUGUUUUGGUGUUUUACUUUCAACAAAAAAGAUGACAAACUGAAAAGUUUUUGACUAAUGCUUAUAGCUUGUGACUGUAAUUUGUGAAAUGUUAAGAUUGUGACUGUGGUUGAGUUUUACAAAUAUUAAAAAUCAGUAAGUUUUAUUGUAUAUUUUUCACAGUGUGUUUACAUAUAAAUAAAGUUUUCUUGAAGACAGUAUUGUGGAGUUUUCAUAUUUUGGUGCAGGUUUCCAGUAAUGCCAAUCAAAUAAAUAAAUAUGUGUAAAAAUAAGCGUUUUACAAAAGAAUAAAGCUUUCUUGAAGAUAAUAACUGCUUUGGAUACUGAUUUUUGCCA